AUUCUCUGUCAAUUUGGUGUUGUGAAAAUUUAAAGCACUAUAUUAAGGAAAUUUGACGAGCAUUUCUAGCUUAGCAGAUCCGAUUAAACUCAAGCUUACGGAAAGUGGUAAGGUUUCACAGGUUGUAGAGCUGCGUGGUUGCGUUUAAAAAAAGAAAUGGAUAAUCGCAUUUGAUCGCACUACUGGGUUCGGUUGUACCUUUUCUCGCUCAUACUGAUGUGAAGGAGUGUAUACUGCAUUAAAGGACACGCGCCAGCAGACGGAAUGGAUUUUCUAUAGGGAGCUUAAAAACUAUUACUCUUGAACAACUUGUCCACGGUUUGCGAUGCAUUCCGGCCUCCGAGUGUGUAGAUAAUAAAAGAAAUAAUUUGCACUCAACCCGACAAUCGGUUAGCACUUGAAGAAGCAUAACGAAGGCAUAUACCAAGGCGUAAAAGGAGGCAGCAUUGUGGUGAAACAGCAUCCAACUAGAAUGGCACUGAACGGGUUUUUGGAAUUUUUUCAACGGGAAAAAACAUUUCGGCCUAAAAAACGAUUCACUCAAGGUACCAUUCGUUACUCACUCCAUAAGCAAGCUAAUGCCAGUCUACAGUCUGGUAUUAACCUUAAGCAAGUCGUGAAACUUCCUGAAGGUGAAAACAUGAACGACUGGCUUGCGGUUCACGUGGUGGAUUUUUUCAAUCGUAUUAACCUUAUCUACGGCACCAUAUCAGAAUAUUGCAACGAAACAAGCUGCCCAACCAUGAGCGGAGGGGCCAAGUAUGAAUACUUAUGGGCGGACGGAGAGACUUAUAAAAAACCGGUACAGUUACCAGCACCCAGAUACGUUGAGCUUCUGAUGGACUGGGUUGAAAAUCAGAUUAACAACGAGACUCUUUUUCCGGUCUCAACCGACGUGCCAUUUCCGAGAACGUUUCCCAGUCUAUGUAAAAAAAUCCUGACCCGUUUGUUUCGAGUGUUUGUUCACGUAUAUAUUCAUCAUUUCGAUAGGAUUUUCAGUAUUGGAGCAGAAGCGCAUGUUAACACCUGCUACAAACAUUUCUUCUACUUUGUGUCGGAAUUUGAACUGAUGUCAGCGAAAGAACUCGAGCCGUUAGCAGUAAUGACGACUCAAAUGUGUAAAGGCUAGACGUUGGACAAAAUCUGUGA